AUGGGAAGACCGGCCAGGAAAGGUGCCGGCACGGCGAAGCUCCACACCCUGAGCAUCCUCCUGAGCCUCCUGGUCCCCGCUCACCUCACCAGGUCACCCGACUGUGGCGGCAUCCUCACCCCAUCAGGACUGAGCUACUUCGCUGAAGUUUCAAAGCCCUAUGCAGAGGCAAUCCUCCAGCAAGAGUUCCUGACCCCGACAGCCCCAGACCUGUUUCCCGACUCCCCGAACAGGAACCAAAUUGACUCUGUCAAGGUCGCCGAGCUGUCCCUGUCGCUCAUCCUCUACAGCGGGCUGCGGCUCAGCAUCGAUGUGGACCUCGGCAUCACACCCACCCCCUCGACCACCAAGGUGAUGAGGCUGUCCAUCCUGGCCGACCUCCACAUGGAUAUGAGCCCCGAAGGGAACCUGGAACUGGUGACCUCCAGCUGCAAACCCACCGUGGAGGAGCUGCAGAGCACCGAGGAGAUGGAAAGCAACUCCUCUAGUUCAGACAUGGACAAGGAGAUUAACAUCGAUAAGAUUUGCUCAGAAGUCUCCAAAUUGCUGUUUUUGCCAGAUCAACAGCUGAUGUCUCUGACAACACUGUUCCCUGUCACACCAAGCUGCCAGCUCCAGUACCGGCCCCUGGCUGCACCCCUGUUCUCCGAGCAGGGAAUCACUGUGUCCUUGCAAACAACAUUCCAGGUGGCGGGGAUAGCGAUCCCCCCGCCCGUCAGCCCCAUGCCAUUCAGCAUGCCCAAGCCAGCGAGUUCCAGCCCUUCCCACCUCAUCCUGGCUUUCUCUGAGCACUUCUUCACCAGCCUCUUCUUCGCCCUGGAAAUAGCUGGAGACUUCAAUAUGACCAUCCCGACCCCGCUGACCACCGCCACCGUGGCACAGAAUAUUACUCAGGUGGGCUCCCUCUUCCAGGAGGACCUACCCGUGAUGCUGCAAGCCGUGUUCAGGAGCUCGCCCCGGGUGGAGCUGGAGGAAGGCAAGGCAGUGCUGAAGCUCUUCCUCACCAUCCACCUCUGGGCAGGAUCACCACCUUUCCAGAGCUUCCUCACCGUGCACGUGGACAUGCCUGCAGAACUCCUCUUCAGCGUCGUUGACACGAAGAUGAUGAUCUCUGCAGCAGCGACAGAGGAGUACGAGCUCAGCCUGGCUGCCUCCGACGUGGGUGCCGUGCCGGCUGCCUUACUGGAGGAGUUAUUCUUGCCCACAAUCCGUAAGGAGGUGCCAGCUCAGGUGAACGCGGUGCUGAGCGAAGGCGUGUUCCUGCCCCACGUCUCCAACUUCACCUACAGGGACGUCAAGGUCGUGAUUCACAAGGACUAUGUCUUGGUCCCCUGCAACCUCCGGCUGAAGGAGACCACUGCGGGCUGA